AUGAAUUUUCAUCUAUACAGGCUCAAUAUUCUGUCAACAGCCUUUAAUCCCAUGAGCUCUACUUGCAAAAAUGGGUGCCAGAAUGGAGGCACUUGCAUACACCCGAGCCAGUGCCAGUGUAGCCCUGGGUACAGGGGCAAGAAUUGCGAGAUGAGAUGGUGCCCUGAACCUUCGUUCCCGGACGCGCAGGCUAGCUUUACCCGCACGGACGACGACGAACUGCAAGUGGAGUGCCACCAAGGAUACGUUCUUCCCCCGGGCAGGGCGGCUGGAGGAGCUGCUCUGUGUAGGGACGGAGCCUGGGACCUCCCGGACGACUUCAGGUGUCAGCCUGACUGCGGAAGUGGAUGUGAGAAUGGAGGCACCUGCAUAGCCCCGAGGCAGUGCCAGUGCAGCCCUGGGUACAGGGGCACGAACUGCGAGGUGAGAGAGUGCCCUGAGCCUUCGUUCCCGGACGCGCAGGCUAGCUUUACCCGCACCGACGACGACGAACUGCGAGUGGAGUGCCACCAAGGAUACGUCCUUCCCCCGGGCACGGCGCCUGGAGGAGUGGCACCCUGCAGGGACGGUGCCUGGGACCUCCCGGACGACUUCAGGUGUCAGCCUUCCUGUGGACGCCCGGGCUGUCAGAAUGGCGGACGAUGCGUGGCACCGAACCAGUGCCAGUGUGAAGACCAGUUCACGGGCGAGCACUGCCAGCUGCGACGCUGUGAAGAGCCCCAGGUCACGGCCAUCAGUGCCAAUCUCACAGUCAAUGAGACGCACCUGACGGCAGAGUGCGAAGCCGGGUAUGCGUUUCCACACGGUGGCACUGUGGCAACGCUGCAUUGCCAGGACGGAGAGUGGCACUCUGAAGAGCUGGUCGUCGCUGACAACAGCACUCUGGAGUGCACCCCUCAGGAAACGCCGUGUUAUUACCCAUCAAAGACCUUCAGCAACACGAUCAUGGAAGGGGAUCUCUUCAGCCACUCGCUCAGGUGUCCGCGAGGGUUCCGGAUGAAGGACGGCAGGGAGGGCGUCGCCCUCGUGUGCCUCGAGGCCGAGUGGACCGUCCGGGGGGAGGGCCCGAUGGCGGAUCUCGACCUCAACUGCUACCCCGUGUAAGCAGAGGCGAGGGCG